AUCAUAAGUGCCAGCUUGAACUGGGGAAGAUAUUUCGUUUCCGCACGUUUUCAUUUGGUUCCUUGUUGCACUCGUUCUGGCUAUUUAGAUCACAUUAUAUGAAAUGCAACAUUUACAAUGGAGGAUCCCAAAGAUUUGAAAUUGGGGUUCACGCUGAAGCAACUGACGUUUUGUGGUUUGAAUGAACAGGACAAUGUGUCUGGCAGCUCGUCCACGUUGGAGCUGCGGGACAACAAGCUGGUUUGCGUGGAGUAUCCAGGGUUAGUUUCCAGCGUGGACAAAAUGCUCGAGACUCUUGGCGGUGAAAAAACAUUGUCUGAAACAUUCAGUCAUCCAAACCUGAGGCUAGAGCUGCGCUUCCGACCUCAGGACCCUUUCUGUCAUUCUCUGUGCGGAAACCGCUUCUCGUCCAGCAACCUUCUCCUCCGUGUGAAAAGGAGAGUCCGGAAAAGAGACUCCAAAGUUGCUGACAUCAACAUGGAAAUACUUGGAGUCAUUGGAACAACAUACAAAUUUCAAGGGAUGGCAGACUAUCAGUGCCUUGCUGUGCAUUGUCAAGAUGGAAACCACACAUCUUUGUACAACAAAAUCAUCCUGCGGAAAACCGAGAAGCAAGAGUUUUUUAAGCAGCCCAUGCCGUAUUUCCUUCCCCCGGCCAUCUUCUCACGUCUUGACACUCCGGUGGAUUAUUUCUACCGACCUGAUGUUUCUCAAAAGCAACAAGCAGCUGUCCAGAGCCAGACACAUUUUAUUGGUUUCAGCAGACCCCGUCGGCCCCACAACGCCAUUUUCGUCAGCUACGCUGAUCCUAUUGUUCCCACCGAAGCUCUGGAGGCGGCUAAGAUGCACUGGAAAAAGAUUUGCUUGAGAGAGCAUGACAAGCAGGCAGAGGAAAAACUAGUUGCGAUGUUUGAGAGCCGGCCCAUCUGGUCACGGAAUGCUGUCAAGGCCAACAUUAACAUCCAUCCAGAAAAACUCAAAAUGCUCCUGCCUGUCUUAGCGUACUACAUGGUGACUGGACCAUGGAGAAGUCUGUGGGUGAUGUUUGGUUAUGACCCCCGAAAGACAGUCGAGUCCAAGAUCUACCAGAUGCUUGACUACAGGAUGCGCUGUAGCACCAAAAGCGCAUAUAUGCUGUCUAAUCUACUGGUGAAACCGAAAAGGAGUACCAUGAACUACACCCUACCAAUUGUAAUCAACAAAACGGGUCCAACUCCAGCCAGUGUGACAGAACUUCCAACUCAGGAGGGUUCAAGCACCAGUCGAGAUCCCGUCCAAAUCUCUUAUCAGCUACAGGACUCCUCCUAUAUUUUCAGAGAGGGCAUGCUACCUCUUCACCGGCAGAUGUUUUACCAGCUGUGUGACUUGCACGUGCCAAGUAUCCAGGAAGUCAUUAAUCAGAACAAUGGUGUGGAGCAAGUGUGCGAUGAGCGGGAUGGCUGGUGUGCUGUCGGCACCACAGACAAGCUGAGGGACAUCAUCUCAACCAUGGUCAAGAAGGUUAUCAGAGAACAAAAAACACCAUUGCAAAAACCUUCCAAGCGACCGGUACGCACGGUCCGGAGUUCCAAAGGCGAUGCUGAGGAUGAUGAAGAUGAUGAUGAUGGUGAUUAUGAAGAUGAUGAAGAAGAUGAUGCGGAGGAUGAAUAUCACCCAUCAGAGGGAAGCGAAAAUGAGAUGGAGACAGAAAUACUGGAUUACAUGUGAUAAAAGAUUAUAUUGUAUCAAUUAUUCUUUAUGCCUAUUUCAUUUUAGAUGAAUUAAAAAAAUACAACUUG